CUUUGAAAGGCAUAUUUAUCAAACUUGUUUGUGAAGAGAUAAAGAGUGAGCAUGGGAUUCGAAGAAGCAAUUAUGCAGGGACUUAAGAAGGCAGGUAGCCCUGGAAAAGCUGCAAUUAUGGCUAUCGGAAAGGCCUUCCCCCACCAACUUGUGAUGCAAGAACUUCUGGUUGAUGGGUAUUUCAAGAACACCAACUGUGAUGAUCCAGAACUGAAGCAGAAGCUCACUCGACUGUGCAAGACGACGACAGUGAAAACUAGAUAUGUGGUCAUGUCAGAAGAGAUCCUAACGAAGUAUCCCGAGCUUGCCAUCGAAGGCCUGCCAACAGUGAAGCAGCGUUUAGACAUCUGCAACUCAGCA